AUGGUGGCUGUUCUUUUAGUUUUAGCCCUGAUAUCAAUAUCUGGAGCUACUUAUAUCAAUGUCCUCAAUGAUAAUUUCCAAGACCUCAGCAACUGGAUGGUAAAUGUUAUGCCUGGCGUCAAUUCAGGAAAUAAUGAAUGGGAAUAUUAUACAGACAGCCCAAAUAACGUUUACAUCACCAAGGUAAACGGCCAAAAUGCCCUUAUUCUCAAAGCACUCCAGCAAAAUUACCAAGGCUACAAUUACACCUCUGGAAAAGUUACCUCAGUCCGUCCAUGGGGUCCAUAUGGAUUUUUCAACGUAAAAGCAAUUGUUCCUAAAGGAAACGGCUUAUGGCCUGCAAUUUGGCUCCUCCCACCAAAUGGGCAAAGCAUAUAUGGAGGCUGGGCUGCUUGUGGAGAAAUUGACAUUAUGGAAACUAUAUGCACAGGCACUGCUGGAUACUCCACUUUACAUUUUGGAGGAGAAUGGCCUAAUCAGGUUUCAGCUCCCUCGAAUAACCAAUAUCCGUUUACAGCUGACUGAAAUAAUGCUCACUGGUAUGGGGUUGACUGGCAGCCUACUUAUAUGAAUUUCUGGUAUGACGCUCAAGUAGUAAAUGGAGUGAUAACUGGAGGCAAAUUGAUAAACAGUAUUCCUUCAAGCGCCUGGUAUGCUACUAAUACGAAUGGGCAAAGAUACCCAGGAAAUGCACCGUUUAAUGUGCCUUUUAGCAUCAUUCUUAACGUCGCUGUUGGGGGAAGCUGGCCUUGCUCAGUUUCUGGAUGCUGCAGCAAUUUAGCUGUGCCAGCUCAAAUGACUGUUUUUAACGUACAGGUGUGGGAAGUUGCACAGUCAGAAGACCAGCUUUAA